AUGGACGGGGCGACGGCGGGUGGAGCAGCGGAGGAGAGCACGGUGGUGGGGAUGGUGAUGCAGAAGCCGGUGCAUGCGGCGGAGAGGAAGUCGUCGAAGAGGAAAGUGAUGGUGGCGGUGGACGAGAGCGAAGGGAGUUUCUACGCUCUGAGGUGGACGCUGGACCACCUGGUCCGGAGGAGUAGCCCCGCUCCGGCGGCGGACGAGGAGGAGGAGGUGGAGAUGAUCACGCUCGUUCACGUUCAGCAGCCUUUCCAGCACUACCCCAUCCCCGCCGGCCCAGGUGGAACAGCAUUCUACGCUACUCCGUCGGUGGUGGAAUCAGCGAGGAAAGCCCAAGAGGAGAACUCGGCCCUCAUACUCUCCCGUGCAUUGCACAUGUGCAAAGAAUCGAUGGUUAAGGCAGAGACCUUGAUUCUGAUUGGGGACCCGAAAGACACGAUCUGCCAGGCGACAGAGCAAAUGCACAUGGAUCUCCUCGUCGUAGGCAGCCGCGGACUUGGAAAGAUCAAAAGGGCAUUCUUAGGGAGCGUGAGCGACUACUGCGCCCAUCACGCCAAAUGUCCCAUCCUGAUUGUGAGGUCCCCCAAAGAAGCGAGCAAGCAAUGAGGGGAUCAACGAGAGAUCAAGCGGUGGUUGGUUUGCUGAUGAAAGAUCGGUCGAUGCAAAUAAGAACGCAUACUGUCUAGUGCGUGUAAUAAAAUGGGUAUUGUUUCUUGGGCCA